AAUUGUGGCGCCAAACGAGUGAAUGCGUAACUUAGUUUCCAACGCUUGUAAAUGUUUACAGUCGAAAUUGUAAAGAAAAAGUGAACAAGCUUGUCACUGUCACCGUAAUUUAUUGCUGCAUAAACAAUCGUUUUAUUUCUGAGAUACAUUAUGCAUUUUAUUCGUAUCGUGAUUUUAUUUUUUUAAAAAAUUGUAAUGUCGGAACCUGGAUUAUCUUUCGAUGACGAACCGCUCUCGCCAGAUCUCUUCGACGAUGUAGAUAUGACACAAAAUUUGGAAAAUUCUGAUGAAUCAAACUCGAUGUCCAUCGAUGUUAAUGAACCAGAACUGUCGGAUGGUAUAAUCGAAUGGAAAGGAAUGAGCAUGGAUGAGAUUCGUAAGGGCUUAGGUACAUACGAUUGUCAGGAGUUUCCACCUAUAUCUCCAUCUUUAUCUCACACAGUAUUAAUAUCGUUACCAUUACCUGCUUAUGGAAUACCAAAAUCUUAUCCUGCGCAUCAAGUGGACAAGUGGUGUCAGGGUUAUGUACGAAUGCCACAUUCAAAGCAUAGUGUAUAUCCAAUAGAUCAAAAUGGAACCCCUCGUUGCAGAAAUAGAUGGGAAAUAAUACAGGAAUCUUUACUUCAGAAUUUUGUUUCAACUCAGCAACUAGAAAGUGCGAUACUUUCUUACAAUCACAUAUACGCGCAACGCUGGGACUUUGCUGCGCUGCAUCAUUUUUUUUCUGAGAUAGUUGAUCAAGAAGAAACACAUAUUUUCUUCACGUGUCUUUUGCCAAAAAUGGUUCAACUUGCUUUACAACUGCCUGUUCUGAUAACUGGUCCAGUGCCUCUUUUGAAACGCCACACUAAUGCAGCGAUCAGUCUUAGCCAAUUACAAAUAGCAUCUUUACUGGCUAAUGCAUUUUUCUGUACAUUUCCAAGACGUAAUUCAACUAAUCCACAGUCUGAACAUGGAACAUACCCACGUAUUAAUUUUAAUAGGUUGUUUUCAGCAUAUAGGGAGGAAAAAUGGAACAAAUAUGAAUCGGUAAUGGAAAAAAUGAAAUGUAUAAUUCAUUACUUUAGAAGGGUAACAUCCAAAGCCCCAGAAGGUGUAGUAACAAUUCAACGACGUUACAUUCCAAAAUCAGAUUGCCCGAAAUGGGGCGAACAAAUACAGAAACUCUUACCACUACACAUUACAAGCAAAGGAACGAUAGAAACGGAAGGAGCUGGUCUCCUGCAAAUGGACUUUGCUAACAAAUACGUGGGUGGCGGUGUUCUCGGUUUUGGAUGUGUACAAGAGGAGAUAAGAUUUGUAAUUUGUCCGGAGUUAAUGGUGACUAUGCUUGUCACGGAAGAAUUAGACGAUACAGAAGCACUCAUUGUUAGUGGCAUUGAAAGAUAUAGUAAAUACAAGGGUUACAGUAACAGUUUUAAGUGGUUGGGUGACUAUAUCGAUGAAACACCUCGAGAUAACAGUGGAAGACGAUUGACCUCAAUCGUUGCAAUCGAUGCUCUUUACUUUAAACAUCCACAGUCGCAAUUCAGUAUAAGUAAUAUAACAAGAGAACUUAACAAGGCAUACGUCGGAUUUAUCGGGUGCGAAAGUAACAGAAAUAAUCUCCCUGCUAUAGCAACUGGAAAUUGGGGAUGUGGAGCUUUUCGUGGAAAUCCAAAAUUAAAAGUAUUGUUGCAGCUAAUGGCUGCAGCUGUAACAGGUCGAGCUAUGGUUUAUUUUACGUUCAGAGAUACAAGGUUACGGGAUAGUGUUGCAGAGAUGUAUUCGCAUUUCGUGAAACACGAGACAACUAUAGCCCAUAUUUAUUCUUUAUUAAUACAAUACCAAGAGUUCGCUCCGACCGAGGAGUUGGAUUUUUAUCGUUUCUUACAUAAUCGAAGUAAAAUAAAGCCUUUAUCGCAAUUUUUUAACAAGAGCCUGCAGACGAAAAUUUCUGCAACGAAGGAAGUUAUUUUUAAAAGAAGUAAAAGCAUUAGCAUCGACGAUAAGCAACAUUUCCAUUCGGAUGUUAAAAAACAACAAACGGAAGAAGACACGAUACAAGGAUGGUUAACUAAUUACGACAAAGAUAUCGUAAGUACGGAGAAAACAGGAAUCGCAAAGGAUGCGUAUACGGAAGUUAAAAAUAUUACGGAAAAAGAACAAAAUCAGAACAGGGAUAGUACGGAGGAUCAAACGGAACAAGUUCAAGAUAAAGUUAGCAUAGAGAAAAGGAGAAAGCAAUCGUUAUGGAAAAUUUUAGAAGAUACUGUACAAGCUAAAGCGAACAACGAACAGCGACUAUCUGGUCUUGAAUUGUUAGAUACAAAGCAAGAGCUUGUUUCUUGUCAGGCAAGCAAUGAUUGUAAUAUAUUGCCAGAAGCUGAAGGCCAAUUGAAUUGUAUACCUACCGAAUUGUAUGGUACAUGUGAAUCUACUCAAAUUCCGAACGAGAAAUCUACAGUAUCUCAUAAACGUGAUUCGUCGGCGAAAAAGACUGGACAGAGAAAGAUCUCAGAUUUUUUCCAACGAACGUCUUGA